AUGCUUCGGUGUCAACUACAGCCGUGGACGACACCAUUACGCGCGUCGUCUUCUGCACGUUGUACGUUUCUUAGAAACUCAAGCAACCGUCUUUACGCAACCACGACGAGGGCAACGCCUAAUGCCAGCAACAAGUCCACAAAGAAGGCAUCACUCAAUUUCGGCGCCAUGGAAGCCAAGUGGAAAGCUCGGUGGGCUGAAUCGCCACCAUUCAAGAACCUCGAGACAAAAGACAAGCCGAACUAUUACGUCUUGUCCAUGUUUCCUUACCCGAGUGGCAUGUUGCACAUGGGUCAUGUUCGCGUCUACACCAUUAGCGACACUUUGCAGCGUUUCCGUCAUAUGAGUGGAUAUAACGUAUUACAUCCAAUGGGUUGGGAUGCAUUUGGCCUGCCAGCAGAAAACGCAGCUAUCGAGCGCGGGAUCCAUCCUGCCGAGUGGACAGUCAAGAACAUUGAGCUUAUGAAAGAGCAAAUGCGCAUGCUUAGUUUGGAGUUCGAUUGGUCAAGGGAAUUGGCUACAUGUGAUCCAUCCUAUUACAAAUGGACUCAAUAUAUCUUUUUGGAAAUGUACAAAGCGGGUUUGGCGUAUCAAAAAGAAGCUGUAGUGAACUGGGAUCCAGUGGAUCAGACAGUCCUGGCCAAUGAACAGGUGGAUCAUGAAGGAAAAUCGUGGCGCUCGGGUGCCCUUGUAGAACGCAAAAAGUUGAAACAGUGGUUCUUUAAAGUCACGGAUUUCUCAGAGGAUCUUCUGAAGGAUAUCGAUUUGUUGGAGAACUGGCCUCAGCGUGUCAAACAAAUGCAACGUCACUGGAUUGGAAAAUCAAAGGGUGCCGAAUUCGAUUUCCCCUUGACCACCCCCACGGAGAAGGUCAGUUCUCUCAAAGUCUUUACUAGUCGACCAGACACCAUAUUUGGUGUUCAAUACCUCGUCGUCGCACCAGAGCAUCCGCUUGUUAACAAAGAUUCUCUUCCUAAAGAACAAGCAGCUUCGGUUAUGGAAUUCGUUAACGAUUUGAAUAAAGUUCAAAAUAUGGAAGAAGCAGAAGAAAACAAAAAGGGCGUAUUCACCGGUUUGUAUGUGAACCAUCCACUUACAAAGGAAGAUAUUCCCAUCUACGUAGCACCUUAUGUUCUUGCUGAGUAUGGUACAGGUGCGGUGAUGGGCGUUCCAGCACACGAUAAGCGUGAUUGGGAUUUCUGCCACACCAAUAAGGUUGUGGAUAAAGUAAAGUUUGUGGUGGAGCCUAGCAUCAAGGAAACAGACAAGCCAUUGGACUAUGCCGAACCAUUUACAGCUCAAGGUGUACUCAGUGCAUUGUCUGGUCCUUAUGCAGGCAUGAAGUCCCAGGAAGCUAUGAAGGCUAUCAUGCGUGAUGCCAGCAAGAUCGGAUUUGGCCAUGGUGCCACACAGUAUCGUCUCAAAGAUUGGCUUUUGUCUCGACAGCGUUAUUGGGGCGCUCCUAUUCCCAUCAUUCACUGUCCUGAAUGCGAUGUGGUGCCUGUACCCAACGAGCAGCUUCCUGUGCAUUUGCCUCUUGAUAUAUCAUUCACAGGAAAGGGUGGCUCUCCACUUGCACAGGCAGAAGACUGGGUCAACUGCAAAUGUCCAAAAUGUAACGGGCCCGCUAAGCGUGAAACAGAUACGAUGGAUACAUUUGUCGACUCGUCUUGGUACUUUAUGAGAUUCACAGAUCCUCACAAUACCUCUUUGCCAUUCGAUCCAGAAAAGGCUUCUGCGCGAUUGCCUGUCGAUAUUUACAUUGGAGGCGUAGAACACGCUAUUCUUCAUUUGCUGUACUCGCGGUUCUACUCAAAGUUCCUUUUAAGAAAUGGUGCUUACCAUGCAACUCCCGAUAUUAAGCCUGGAAAUGGCGAGCCAUUCAAUGUUCUCUUGACUCAGGGUAUGGUUCACGGUCAAACUUACAAAGAUCCUGCAACACAGCGAUUCUUGAAGCCUGAAGAAGUUGACACUAGUGAACCAAAAAAUCCAAAGAUCAUUGCUACCGGUGAAACUCCACUAAUUAGCUUUGAAAAAAUGUCCAAGAGCAAAUACAACGGUGUUGAUCCUGUUAACGUCGUAAACCAACAUGGUGUUGAUCCUGUCCGUUUACACAUCCUCUACAAAGCACCGCCCUCUGAGGUCCUUGAAUGGGAAGACACAAGUAUUGUAGGCAUGCAGCGCUGGCUUGCGAAGGUGUUGAAACUUGCAGAGUCUGUUGGCAACGACAGUCCCUGCACUGAUAUUCCUGCACUGGACAAGAUGACCAGCGAAGAACGAGAUGUCUACCGCGAAACACAUACUACCAUCAAGCAGGUCACUGAAGCCAUGUCCACCACAUACAGCUUAAACACCGCUAUUUCCGACCUGAUCAAACUGUCAAACCACGUCAGUGCAUCCUCGUUGCAACCUUCAUCCCCUGUAUAUCAGCAUGCUGUUCGCUCAAUAGUUACCAUGAUGGCACCUGUGGCGCCUACUAUAGGUGAAGAAUGCUGGGAAGCGAUCACCAUCCAAACCAACAACAGUAGCAGAAGUGUAUUUGCUCAGCCAUGGCCAGUAUUUGAAGAAAAGGCUUUGGAAAAGGAUACUGUAGACUGUGUGAUUCAGGUGAAUGGCAAGACCCGUUUGAAUAUCACUGUCCCUGUCGCACUUGCCAGCGAUGCUGCAACGAUUGAAAAACUGGCACGGGAUACACCACAGGGCCAGAAAUGGCUUGCGGAUAAGCCUAUUCGCAGAGCUAUUGUUGCCAAGAAUGGACAGCUUGUAAAUUUUGUCAUUUAG